GGGAUCCGUUCAACUCACGCCUCUGCCGCCAUCCACAUCAAAUGCCGCACCUGUGAUAUAAUUCGCCUCGUCCGACGCCAGAAAACACACCAUAUUCGCAACAUCGGCUGGCUGACAGACACGACCCAGCGGGAUCGUGCCCAGUACCUUUUUCCGUCCUUCUGGCGAGUCUUGCCCCCCAAGGACUCGAGGAAGCCUGCCGGAUGCUCGAUCAGAAGUUGAUCACAAGCCGAACGAACACGGACAACUCACAUGGCUGUUUCUCCAACCGCUGGACGAAUGCAGUUGUACCUAAUCUGAUCGACGGCAUACUCUGCCGCAAGACCUUUCGUCGCCUGCGCGGAUUUCGUCAGCUGCAGCCGAGCUUCUCGCUAGAAAGAACCAAUCUCUAUACUCACAACUGUAACAGCUCCUUUACUCGAGGCAUACCACACCAAAUUCGGCCUCGGUCGGGGCUCACUGAUGCUGCUCAGGUUGAUGAACGAUCCCGGUAUCUUGUUCUCCUUCCACCAAGGCACAAUCACCUUGGUGCUCAAAUAUAAUGGUUUCACAUUCACACGAAACACUCUGUCGAAUUCUUCUUCGGCCAUUUCAUGCGACGGACCUGCGAGGUGCACUACGCCGGCACAGUUGACAACGACGUCUAGGCGAUUGGAAUAUUUUUCGAGGGCGGUUGAGAGGAUGGAACGCCACGAAGACUCGAGUGUUAUGUCUCCUGUAAAGGCGUGGACUUUUCCGGGGUUGGAGGAGCACGACGCGACUGUCUUGUCGUUCUCGGCGCUGUUGAUGUCAACAGCCAGGACGGAGGCACCCUCGGCCGUGAGCUUUUGGACAAUCUGGAGGGAAAUCGUGUGUUAGUACCUGGACUCUCUUCGGUGUAUCAUCAGUUCCACCCUCUUGACCAGAGACGUGCGGAUAGAAGUCUCUCGACCAGCUUCCUCGAAUGCUACCCGCCACCCUUCAGCUCCCAGGACCGAGGAAUGCACCACCGCCUCAUUCUCAGUCCAAAUGCAUCAUGUUUGACUUACGCCUCGCCCAAAUCCAGCUCCCGCGCCCGUCACGAUUAUGCUCUUCCCAUCAAGUCGGCCCAUUGUUCCACAGAUAUCUGCUUUGGCACCUUAGAGGAUGAUAACAAUAGUCCCUGGUUCAACAAGUCAAUCAGCCUUACGAAAUGAUAUCAGUUGACUAUUUACAUCCAGGGUUUACCCAAAUAGAAGGUCUUGCUACUCCACAUUUUGCUCCCCCUUUCGCCCGCAUCUUCACUUUGCGGAGAAAGGCUGUGGUGGUGAGGGGGUGGCCGAAACCGGCUUGAGAACUGCCGCCAGCCUCAUCCGGGUGAUAGACUACAGGCACGAAUGGAAAGGUUAGGUGCGAGAGGAGAGGGGUUCCUGUUGGUCUGUUAUUGAGAGGAAGCUGUUUGCCUUGAAGUCUGCAAUUCCAAGGUAGCUGUCUGAACACAGGCUCAAGACCGCCCAUGAACCAC